UCAAAUCCCACCAGCUAAAAUACACAUCCUCUCUCCUCCUUCAUUGCAAUAUACAUCAAUCAAAUGGGCGGGCAAGUAACCGACGAUGCCACGGCGCCGACCACUCUAACUACUGGAAUGGAAAGCUUCCAUCUGGUAGGUUAUGCCAAUUUCGUCCGCGCCAAUCCUAAAUCAGACCGUUUCAAAGUGAAGAAAUUCCAUCACAUCGAAUUCUGGUGCUUAGACGCCACCAAUGCCGCCCGCCGCUUUUCCUGGGGUUUGGGAAUGCCCAUCGUUGCUAAAUCCGACCUCUCCACUGGUAACUCCACCCAUGCCUCCUACCUUCUCCGGUCAGGGGACUUCUCUCUCCUCUUCACCGCUCCUUACUCCCCCACCAUUUCUUCCUCCUCCCCUUCCAUCCCCACCUUCGAUUUCUCCGCCUGCCGCUCCUUCUGCUACUCCCACGGCCUCGCCGUCCGUUCAAUAGCAAUCGAGGUCGACGAUGCCCAACAAGCAUUCUCCACAAGCGUGGCUAACGGCGCCAAACCUUCAUCUCCCCCUAUCCUACUCGACCACGGCCGCGCCGUCAUCGCCGAAGUCCAUCUCUACGGCGACGUGGUAUUGCGUUACAUCAGCUAUAAUAAUACAGAGCAAGAGGAGGGAAUCGAUUCACGGUUCUUGCCAGGGUUCGAGCCAAUGGAAGAAACAUCAUCCUACCCUUUGCUAGAUUUCGGCAUCCGACGGCUAGACCAUGCCGUCGGGAACGUGCCAGUCUUAGCUCCGGUGGUUGAUUACCUGAAAGGGUUCACUGGAUUUCACGAGUUUGCGGAAUUCACGGCGGAUGACGUGGGGACGAGCGAGAGCGGGUUGAAUUCUGUGGUGCUUGCUAACAACGACGAGAUGGUUCUGUUUCCGUUGAACGAGCCGGUGUAUGGAACCAAGAGGAAGAGUCAGAUACAGACGUACCUGGAGCAUAACGAAGGUCCUGGAGUGCAGCAUCUAGCGCUAAUGAGUGAAGACAUAUUCAGAACAUUGAAAGAGAUGAGGAAGAGGAGUGGAUUAGGUGGGUUCGAGUUCAUGCCUUCUCCACCACCCACUUAUUACCGGAAUUUAAAGAACAGGGCCGGAGAUGUGUUGACCGAUGAACAGAUAAAGGAAUGUGAGGAAUUGGGUAUCUUGGUUGAUCGCGAUGAUCAAGGCACUUUGCUUCAGAUUUUCACUAAACCCGUCGGCGACAGGCCAACAAUCUUCAUAGAGAUAAUUCAGAGAGUUGGCUGUGUGGUCGAGGACAACACAGGCAAGCCUUACCAAAAGGGUGGGUGUGGAGGUUUCGGAAAAGGGAACUUUUCCGAGCUUUUCAAAUCAAUUGAAGAUUACGAGAAGACACUCGAAGCUAAAUGCAUUACUCACCCUGCCACCUGAUAGUUUAAGAUCCUAUGAUUCUAAUAAAACAAUGUGAACAUUCAAUUAUGUAUUGUGAGUUUGUUGUAACCUUAUAAAUAUGUAUCAGAUCUUAAACCAGCUUUGUAUGUGAUGAUGGAAUCCUAAUUCCUUGUUCAUGUUGUUUCCAAA